UGUUUAAUUUUAAUGGGAGUUGUUUUAUACUGAAAUGAUAGGGUUGUGUAAUUUUUUCCCUAAAAUGAAUUGAAUGAAUUAUGAAAAUAAAAUAUUUGUGAAAAAGGAGGUUAUAAUCCACGUCCAAAUCAUUCCAUUUUUGUUUAUAGACUCAAGUGAAUUAUUGUAUUUAUAUAUUGACAUUAUUUUUGUCGGGUUUUUUUUUUUUUUUUAAAUGAAUUUUUUCUAUGUUGUAAUUUAUGAUAUGAAUAUUCAAAAUUAUUUGAAAGUAAAAUUGACACUAACAAAAUAUUUAAAAUCUAACAUUUGAUAGCCUAAACAAACAUGCUUAUUUUAUAAAGGUGGGCAAUACUUUUAUAAAUAGCUGACAGUGUUCUGUCUCCAAACAUACCCUAAAUCAUUGUAAAUUUGCCACUGACCAAUCAGGAUAUUAGGAGGUGAAAGUGUAACCGAUCCGGUCCAAUUUAGAUCUAGAACGAUAAAGCAAUCUGUUGACAGAGCAAAACUUACACCCAUAUUGGGAGCCAACGAUGAGUUCCACACAAACCCUCCUCAAAACCCUUCUUCAAAACCCAGCAGCUUGGAUCAAAUCAAGGUCCCAAGCCAAACAGCUCCAUGCCCAAAUCAUCAAAACCAAAGGUACAACAUCUUCUUCCCUCAUCUCGACAAUUCUUUCUGUUUACUCUAACCUGAACCUCUUACAUGAGUCGCUACUAGUGUUCAACACCCUCCACUCACCUUCUACUAUUGCUUGGAAAUCAAUCAUCAGGUGUUACACUUGUAAUGGGUUUUACCUUGAGUCGUUGUCUUGUUUUGUCCAUAUGCGAACUUCGGGCAUGUGCCCUGAUCACAAUGUGUUCCCUUCUGUCCUAAAAGCAUGUACCCUUUUGAUGAAGUUGAAGCUUGGUGAAUCUGUUCAUGCCUGCAUUAUUCAUCUCGGAAUGGAUUUCGAUAUUUACACUUGUAAUGCGCUUAUGAAUAUGUACUCAAAGUUGCAAACUCUUCCUAGCAAGCAUGGGUGCACAUUUAAUGCUGCUGAAAUGUUCGGUGAAAGUUCCAACCUAAGUACAAACCCCAAGUAUUCAACCGUCCUUGUUGAUUCUGAUAAAUUCAUUGGCAAUAACAUGCGCAAGCCGGUUGAUGGUGAGAUUCCUUGUAGUAGUAGUAGUAUUUUAAAUGAAUUGAACAAAGAAAUUAGAAAAGGAGGUGCGGGUAUUGAUCCUCCGACAGAUAGUUUAAAGCACAUGAGUAAUGUAUUGCCUCAAAAUGGUACAGAAAGGAAGGUUUUUGAUCAUUCACGCUGGACAAAUGUCGAUAUGUCAAUGGGAAAGGGAGACAAAGGGGCUUUUAAAAUGGAUAGCGUGAGAAAAGUGUUUGAAAUGAUGCCAAAAAGAGAUAUUGUUUCCUGGAACACUGUGAUUGCUGGAAAUGCGCAAAAUGGGUUGUAUGAGGAUGCUCUCAUGAUGGUUAGGGAGAUGGGAAAUGCCAAUUUGAAGCCUGAUUCCUUCACUUUAUCCAGUGUCCUCCCUAUCUUUGCAGAGUAUGUGGAUGUUUUGAAGGGAAAGGAAAUUCAUGGGUAUGCUAUUAGGCAUGGGUUUGAUGCAGAUGUAUUUAUUGGGAGUAGUUUGAUAGACAUGUAUGCCAACUGUACUUGGGUGGAAAAUUCACAUCGCAUUUUUUGUCUGUUACCUCAACAUGAUAGCGUUUCAUGGAAUUCUAUUAUUGCAGGUUGUGUGCAGAAUGGCCUGUUCGAUGAAGGCCUGAAAUUGUUUCGGCAGAUGCUGAUGGCUAAACUUAAACCUAGGCAUGUUUCCUUUUCAAGUAUAAUUCCAGCUUGUGCUCACUUGACGACACUACAUUUAGGGAAGCAGCUUCAUGGGUACAUAAUUAGGGGCGGAUUUGAUGAUAAUAUGUUUAUAGCCAGCUCGCUAGUGGACAUGUAUGCCAAAUGUGGGAACAUUAGGAUUGCCAGAUGUAUUUUCAAUAAGAUGGAGCAACAUGACAUGGUGUCAUGGACAGCUAUGAUCAUGGGGCAUGCUUUGCAUGGGCAUGCCCAUGAGGCCGUGUCCUUAUUUGAGCAGAUGGAGAUUAAGGGACUGAAGCCCAACAAUGUGGCGUUUGUGGCUGUUUUGACUGCUUGUAGCCAUGCCGGAUUGAUUGACGAAGCUUGGAAAUAUUUUAACAGCAUGAUCCAACAUUAUGGGAUUACUCCGGGCUUGGAGCACUAUGCUGCUAUGGCUGACCUUCUUGGUCGAGCAGGAAAAUUGGAGGAAGCCUAUGAGCUCAUAUCUAGCAUGCAUAUUGGACAGACAGGGAGUGUGUGGUCAACAUUGUUGGCCGCUUGUAGGGUCCACAAGAAUGUUGAAUUAGCUGAAAAGGUUGCCAAGAACAUAUUUACGGUUGAUCCUGAGGAUACGGGAGCUUUUAUCCUCUUGUCAAACACAUAUUCAGCUGCUGGGAGGUGGAAAGAUGUGGCAAAGUUGAGAAUUAAUAUGAGAGAUAAGGGCAUGAGAAAGAAACCGGCUUGCAGCUGGAUUGAAGUUAAGAACAAGGUACAUGCUUUUGUGGCAGGAGAUAAAUCCCACCCAUACUAUGACAGAAUAAAUGAGGCACUACAAAUUCUUUUGGGGCGGAUGGAACGAGAAGGAUAUGUUCCUAACACAAAUGAGGUUCUCCAUGAUGUUGAGGAGGAGCAAAAGAGAUAUUUAUUGUUUAGCCACAGCGAGAGACUCGCCAUAGCAUUUGGUAUCAUUAGCACUCCUGCAGGAAUGACAAUUCGUGUGACAAAGAAUCUUCGCAUAUGUGUGGACUGCCACACAGCAACAAAGUUUAUAUCAAAGAUUGUUGGGAGAGAAAUAAUUGUGAGGGAUAAUAGCCGAUUUCAUCAUUUCAAGGAUGGGAAGUGUUCAUGUGGAGAUUAUUGGUGACAUGGAACAUCAAGAAUCAUCAUUCUAUUAAACCUGAAUGGUUGGAUUUGUGGCAAAUUGCAAAAUGAUAUGAUGAAAAUUCCCUCAUUAUUGACACAAAUGAGAAUACUAGUAAGCAUGUUUGAGAAAAUGGCAGAGAAUGCAUUAUGCCAUCAGAAGCUUCUUGACUGAACUUUCAGUAAGCCUGCAACCUAAAAUCCAGAAGUUUCUGAGUCGACCAACUCUCCUUGCAGUGUCUUUGGCUUUCAAGGAGGGAUUAGAGGUGCUACUUCUGGUGCAGUGGUAAACUGGAUUACACAAUGAGAAUGUGCGUUUGUCCAAGAAUAAUCACUUUGUGCAAAUAAUGCCCCAGGCCAGUGAAUCCAGUGAUAGGUUAAAUAUUAAUUUCCAGCUUGAGGAUGUGGAAGCUAAGUAUGUUGAAAUGGAGAAUGCAAAUUGAAUAGAUUCCCAGGAAGGGAGGGAGAUAGACCUUUACGCAGGUAUACAGCCAGCCCGGUUCUUGGUUUUCCUAACACAAAUUACCCCUUACAGGAGCAUCUUAUCUAGAAGCUAAUUAUGAAGUAUGAACAAGAUGACUUAGCAUUGUCUGCAGCAGGCUGUUGGGAGGGGACUGGACCAUGAAAGGAAAAGAAGGACCCUAUUCACCACGGCGCCUAAGGGGCAAUUAAAGGGCGUCGUGUUAUUUCCUACCGCCAUUGUUUUUUCUCAACAUCACAACCCCGUCCAAAGCGACGAGCAACAACAGAUUGAAGAUGCUGGAGGGUUUGUUAUGUGGGCAGUGAUGAAUUUUUGUCAACAGGAACUUGGAAGUUGGAGGUGUCCUUGCUGUUCCAUGUGCAUUUGGUGAUAGGCUUUUAAAGCAUUUUGGCAUCAACGUCACCAAAUGAAGAAGCUCUGCUGGACAUGGGUGUCGCCAAGAAAGAUGGCCUCAAAUCUCCAGCCAUUAUCACUACAAUCUUCUCUUCAAAAACCAGCU